AUGGAGACCUUCAAGUCUAUCUACCUACAGGAAAAAGAAAUAGACUACUUUGCAGAGCUGGUAGGUCGCGUCAAUCCGCGACUUGAGGUACUGCAGAAGGUUCAUUGCCGCGUAAAUGCCAACAGCAAACUACGCAGAGACAUGGGAUUUGAUUAUUACGAUACAUCGGGUUUUGUUUAUUGCGAUAGUAAAGACGAAGAGGAUGCGCCUUACGAUAGUGAAAACGAAGAGGGUGUGCCAGAGAGUGCUAUCUUUACCCGAACAAUACACGGCCUGUUCGAUGUUCUAGGUAGAGGGAACGAAAACACUCGUCGUCCUCUGAGUUUGACUAUUGAGGUAGCAUACCCGGAUGACGCCCUCGAGCCUCCUGGGUAUACCGAACGCUUUCUCCGAUUUGUGCGAAUAGAUGGACACCAGAAGACCCUGAAAAGUCUUAUGAAUGUUGAUUCAUUCACAAUUUCUAAUAGUUACCGGGCAGUGCAUCCCGCCGCGGCAUCCAAAAUAUUAGAGGCCUUGCCCCGCGUGAGGAGCGUAGAUAUACCUCUAGAAGAACGCGGGCCCCAGUCUUUCAUGGCGGCUCAGUUUCAUCUUCCCCAUGUCCACGCCAUUAGCAGCUUGCUAGAAGCGACGACCAGGUUUACCACGUUAGAAAAACUAACGCUCCAUAACACCUUACCAUAUCCAUUAGCUGGGAUAAAUCCGGCCCUGCAUAAGCUCUCCCAGUCUGCUCCUCUCAUCGCCCUUGAACUUUUCGGAGGCUGGUUCCUCUCACCAGCUCUAUUCUGGCCUUCACGGACAUCUCGUCCCGCUGCGGAGCCAUUCUGGCCCAGUUUACAGUAUCUUCAUGUCAGCGCAAAUCUCAGGUUUCCAGAUACAGACUCGGUAAUUGGUGGCUGCGACUUUCUCAGGCAGGAUGAAGUCCGAAACUAUGAAGUAUACACUCCCUACGGCUUGAUAGAUCCCAUGGCAUUCAGUUACCUCGUUCUUUCAAUUUCCCGCGCUACUUUACAAAUGCCAGCCCUCCGAGCCUUGGUGGUGGGAAUCACUCCGGGAACUAACAAUAGAUUGUGUCAGAACGAUGGGGACCACGCAAUCUGGAUUGAAUGUCUAGGUUCGGGUGAAAAGUCGGUGCUGAUGAAAUACAAGAGAGAGACUAUGGGAGACCAGAUGUCGGAUGAAGCAAAAUCUCAGGUGCAUCGGCGAUGGAGGGUCUGCCUUGUGCGCGAAGUGUGUUGGUCUCCUUCCCAGGAAAUACGAGGGUUGUGGCAGCAGUUUGUUGGACCCGAAGGGAUCACGGGCGUGAAGUAUGAUCCGUACUUGGCGGUUUUUUGA